UGGCUGGACUAGUGCACUUAGCGCGAUUUUGCAGCAAGCAGCAACAAAUAACAUCAACAAAUAGACGAUUCUCCUGCAUAGCAAGAAACACUUCUAGCAUACUUAAAGCGCAUGGACAACGUCGUUUACCAGCUCAUUUGAAUUAAUAAACUUCAUAAACAACAAGAGAGAAAAUAAUUAAUAUUUCAAAAUAGUACAGAAAUAAGCCUAUAACAUACUACAUUCGAACACUGUAUGCUGUUACACUUAUUGGGUACAAAAAUUAUUUCUAAAUAUUUAUAAGUAACGUAAACGCAAUUAUGGGUCGCACAGGCCGAGCGAGGCAACGCAAUAAACGCAUACGUGCAACACGCAACACCUCAGAAGAUUACCUAAAUCCUUUAAUAUAUCAGUUGAGUUGUCAGGGUUGGCACAACUCAACCCGACUAACGGCACGUGAAUUUCCGAUUACUGGUCGCGGUGUUUGUUCUAAAGUGCAAAAGUACGCUGCGGGCGAUACACUUAUAAGCCUACCUUUGAAAUGUUUGGUAACAAUAAAAACUCUCGAAGAAGCUACACAUUUCAAAUCACUAUUUGACAUUACCAAAUUCCACAAAGAUCGCAAAAUAUCUUUUCAAGCCUUAUUAGCGUUAUAUAUACUACACGAGCGGCACUUGGAAGAAGCUUCGCAUAUUAGCGCUUACAUAAACUCAAUCCCCAAACAUUUUAGCACACCUUAUUUCUGUCCCAUUGCCGAGCUGCAACGUUUACCUGAGGAAAUUUUGGAGAAAACCGUGGAACAAAACCGCCUUAUACGUGAGAAUUACGCCUGCCUAAAGAGUGUUUUUCACAGAAACGACUGUAGUUAUUGUGGUCAGCAGUGCUUUGAAGAAAUCUACACGCUGGAUGCAUUCAAAUGGGCUUAUUUUGCCGUCAACACACGCAGUGUUUAUGUAUUCAGUCGUCAAUUCAAACCGGACAAAUGCUACUUUCAACCGCUACUCAGUGACGAACCAAAUAUGGCUUUAGCUCCAUUUCUUGACCUAUUCAAUCAUUCAGCGGAUGUUACUACAAGCGCCGACUUGCUACCAACUGGCCCAAACAAACAAUUGGAGUACGUGCUGACGUUAGAGCGCAGCACUACUGAAACGCUUCUUCCACGUUCACAACUGUUUAUAAGUUAUGGCGCCUUAUCGAAUUAUAAGUUACUAACCGAAUAUGGCUUCUUCAUACCACAAAAUCAACAUGAUUACUUUAGUUUUUCACUAACGGACAUCGAGGAUUUUCUGAAGCAAGACAAAACAUAUAGCAAUUUAAUAUUGCAUCGCAACAAAUUCGUCUUUAUACGCCAUCACAAUUUGCACGAUGAAAUGUUUGUGCAUCAUGACGAUGGCGCUUCGCACAAUUUAUGUGUUAUACUGCAUUUGCUGGUACAUGUGCAGAGCAUAUACCCGAAUGUGCUGAAUCAGGAAGCUUUUGGCGCAGCUGACAGAUUGGCCAAUGUCGAGUGUGAAGUGCGUUCGCUAGUGGAAUAUAAAAUAAAUACUUACAGAAGAUUCAUUGUUGAUUUGGAAAAACUCCACUCACUGAGCGAAAGCGGCAAGGUGGCGAAAAGUUAUAUGGAAAAGUGCAUACGUUACCUUGAAGCAUAUUUAGAUUUAGCAAUGUGAAGUAGUGUAUGUGUAAAGCUAGAAUAAUUACAUACAAUAUGUAUAUUGAUUUUAAAUAAAUUAAUUUUUUAUCAGCGCAA